CUUACAUGCUAAAUAUGGACACUUUAACGACAUGCUGCUGUAAGAGUUAAGCUGUAUCGAUGCCUCUCCUCUAGGAACUCGUUAUUGAAAUUGACAGUACUUUAUUAUAUCAAUAGCAAUCCCAGGCAUAUUCUCUUCAUUCACAAUUCGAAACGGACUGUAAUAGGUAACAUUAUGCCAUCAGGUGUAUUUUCUGAAGGUAAUUCCUUCGUUGGGCUAUUAAAUCGAUUUCUGUGCAUAAACGUCUUGAAUCUGAUCAAAAUGAUGUAGAAUAUCUUGAUGCAUUGCGCAUGUGUUAUUCUCCUCAGGCAGAGUGUUUAGUAUAAUGUUGAUUUUUUGACGUGGAAGUGACACUUGUUUACUUUUUGAUGAUAUUAUUAGAAGUGAAAAUGACAAUAAUUUAUAAUACGAAUUUCAAACAUUGUUUGCUAAUUUUAAUGUUAACCUUCUCUACAAAAUUUGAUGUUUGCUUUGGAACCGAAAAAGAAAAACUUCUAAUUGACGGGAAAAUAAUUUUUGGCGGUCUUUUUCCAAUGCAUGAAAAACAACAAGGAGAAGAAAGAUGUGGUAAAAUAAAGAAAGAAAAGGGAAUUCAAAGACUAGAAGCAAUGUUAUUUGCAGUAAAGAGAAUAAAUGCUGAUGAUAAUAUUUUACCUGAUAUACCAAUAGGUGUGCACAUACUCGACACGUGUAGCUCGGAUACAUAUGCCUUAGAACAGUGCAUGGAUUUUAUAAAAGCCCAAAUGACAACGAUAGAUAUUACCGACUACAAAUGUGAUGAUGGACAAACCCCCCUUUAUAACCCCAUUAAACCUGUGGUAGGGGUAAUAGGGGCUGCAUCCAGUACAGUGUCUAUCAUGGUGGCUAACAUCCUGAGGCUUUUUAAGAUACCGCAAAUAAGUUAUGCUUCUACUAGUAUUGAUCUUAGUGAUAAAAGCAGAUAUGAGUACUUUUCUAGAGUUGUCCCCCCUGACUCGUAUCAAGCACAAGCUAUGGUUGAUAUUGCUGAAUAUUUUAGUUGGAACUAUGUCAUAACUAUUCAAGAUGAAGGCAACUAUGGUGACAAAGGAAUUGGUGCUUUUAAGGAAAGGGCCACAAAAUCAGGAAUAUGCAUCGCCAAAUCUUUUGUCAUAUCACGUGACCCGACGAAAGAAUUAUUUAAAGAAACAGUUGAUGACCUAUUAAAAAUUAAAAAAGCAAAAGUGAUAGUAAUGUUUGUGAACGAAGAUAAUGCAAAACAUCUUCUGGAGGCAGUCAUGCAUGCAAACAAAACGUCCGAACUCUGGUUCCUUGCUAGUGAUAGCUGGGGAGCUAAAGUACAUCCAGUUGUUGGCCAGGAACAAGCGGCAGAAGGAGCAAUCACUUUACUUCCGAAAAGAUCCGACAUUAGAGAAUUUGAUGACUACUUUUCAAAUCUGACAUUAAAAAACAAUAAACAGAAUUUAUGGUUCAAAGAAUACUGGGGAGAAGUGUAUAACUGUUCUAAAGGGAAUAUAAGGCUACACAAUUGUACAAAACAUAGAUAUGAACAAGAAGGACUGGUGCAAUUUGUCAUUGAUUCGGUAUAUGCAUUAGCUCAUGCGCUCCAUAAUUAUUUCCAAAGUAAAUGUACAACAGUUAUGAAGCACUGUCCUUUACUGAACUCACCAAAUAGACAAGAAUUGUUGGAAUUUAUCCGUAAUGUAUCUUUUACAGGAAUUGCUGGUGAUAUAGUAGAAUUUAAUAGUCAAGGUGAUGGCAUUGGUCGUUAUGACGUCUAUCAAUAUCAGAAAUUAUCAACUGACGGGUAUGGCUAUGUCAAGAUAGGGGAGUGGAUUGACAGAUUGAAGCUCAACAGUAGCUUUCUGAACUGGAAAGAGGGUGACCCUAAUGAGGUCCCAAAUUCUGUGUGUAGUGAGCCGUGCACAUUUGGUCAUAAAAAAGAAAAGGUAGAAAGAGAACACGCAGCUUGCUGUUGGAUUUGUAUACCAUGUGGACCGAACCAAUAUUUAGUGGAUGAAAAGACAUGCAAAGACUGCGAAGAUGGCUUUCAACCAAGCAACAACGUAACAUCCUGUAAACCAUUACCCUUACUGGAACUAGAAUGGAACAGUUUAUGGGUGAUACUACCUAUCGCAUUCUCUAGCUUCGGAAUCGUCAGCACCAUACUGACCAUAGCUGUGUUUAUAAAGUUCAAUAACACGCCUAUUAUCAUGGCAUCUGGGAGGGAGUUGUGUUAUGUUUUACUUGUUGGUAUUUUAAUGGCAUAUGGCACUUCUUUAAUUAUGCUAGCAACACCAACUAUAAUCUUAUGUACGAUCAUUCGACUCGGUUUAGGAGUUUCCUUAUGUUUAAUAUAUGCUGCGAUGUUGACAAAGACUAACAGAAUUUAUCGAAUUUUCAACAACGGAAUUAAAGCGAUGGUUAAACGACCAAGCUAUACUAGUCCGAAGUCACAAAUUAUCAUCUGCAUGGCUCUUGUAUCCGUUCAGAUUGUUGGAGGAUUAACGUGGCUUGGAUUUGAAAAACCGGAUACUAUUUAUACAAGACAACAUACCGAAUUUCAAGUUCUGAAAUGUAAAGCAAGUCAGAUUGCUAUUAUUGCAUCGUUGACAUACAAUAUCGUUUUAAUCAUACUUUGUACCAUAUAUGGUAUUAAAACGAGGAAAAUUCCUCAAAACUUCAAUGAAGCCAAAUGUAUAGCAUUUACAAUGUAUAGCACUUGUAUAGUUUGGCUUGCGUUUGGUGCAAUCUAUUUUGGUGCUAGCAGUGAUUUUAAGAUUGAGGUUACAUCGUUGUGCAUGUGUGUUAGUAUCAGUGCUACAGUUGCACUUGUUUGUGUUUUUGUUCCGAAGUUAUAUAUUGUUUUGCUACAGCCUCAUAAAAAUGUCAGACAAGGCGCCUCGAUGUACAACAAUUCUUACAAGUCCGGACGCCAAAACUCAUUCGGAAGUUUUCCUCUUCCGUGCCCUAAUGGAAACCUAUUUAAUAACCUUAAUGCAAACACUCAGAUAACGCAGACUACUUAUAAUGACGUCUUUUCAGACGACAUGGAUGAUUUGUCAUGUGACGAGGAUGCUAAUGUAAAUAAUAACAGUACUCAAACAGGAAAUCCAGAGAAUCAUUCCGAAUGAAUAGAAUGUUUUAUUAUCGGUCAGAACAGAAACUUUUAUACUUGCAUCAAGCUUCUGGAUAGAAGCGAUAGUAAAAGAUAUGUACGUCAUUUUAUUGAACAGAAUUUAUGGUAAUUUCGAAAAUGCAUUUCCACCAUAUUCAAUUAAUAUUCACAUAAGCGUUUUUCAUUUGCCUGACGUUAUAAUCAAUUUGUGUUUAAUCCACAAACUUCAUAACCCUUAUAAAUGUAAAUGGAAUUUUCUAAGAAAGUCUCAAGAGGGCUUGUUGUAAUAUGACACGUGUCAAUCAAGAAAGAAAUUAAUAACCGGUACUGACAUAUACAUAUCUUAUAUUUCAAGAAUCAUAAAUGGAUAAGGUUGU